GUCUUGAGCUAGACACCACACCAAGCUCGUACUCUAGCUUAGAGACGUGCCAUGGCCGUGGGAUUCGCUGGUGGCGAGGACCAGCAGCGCUGUUACGGUGGGAGGGUCACCGCGUUCGCGGCGCUCUCCUGCGUCACGGCGGCCAUGGGCGGCGCUAUCUUCGGCUACGACAUCGGAACCGCUGGCGGAGUGUCAUCGAUGGAGCCGUUCCUAAGGGAGUUCUUCCCGGAGGUGCAUCGGCGGAUCCAGGCCGGCGCUGGCGUCGGCAACUACUGCAAGUUUGACAGCCAGCUGCUCACGCUCUUCACCUCGUCGCUCUACGUGUCCGGCCUCCUCACGGCGGUGCUCCUCGCGUCCUGGUUCACAGCCAGGCACGGGCGCCGGCCGUCGAUGAUCCUCGGCGGGUUCGCGUACCUCGCCGGCGCAGCGGUCAGCGGCGGGGCGGUGAACGUGUACAUGGCCAUUCUUGGCCGGGCGCUGCUCGGUGUCGGGCUCGGAUUCGCUAAUCAGGCAGUGCCACUGUACCUGUCCGAGAUGGCGCCGGCGCGAUACAGGGGAGCGUUCAGCAACGGCUUCCAGUUCAGCCUCUGUCUCGGGGCUCUCGCCGCGACCGUCGUCAACUACUUGGCGCAGAAGAUCAAGGCCGGCUGGGGCUGGAGGCUCUCGCUGGGCCUGGCUGCCGUCCCCGCCGUGAUGCUCACCGUCGGCGCCAUCUUCCUGCCAGAGACGCCCAACAGCCUCAUCCAGCAAGGCAGAGACCGUGGCGAGGUGAAGGCGUUGCUCAAAAAGAUCAGGGGCAUCGACGCGGUCGACGAAGAACUGGACGACAUCGUCGCCACUAAUGACGCCGCGGGAAAGGCCACCGACAACAACGGCCUGCGCAUGAUCCUGUCGCGGCAACGGUACCGCCCGCAGCUCGCCAUGGCCAUCCUGAUUCCGUCGUUCACGCAGCUCACGGGGAUCAACGCCGUCGGGUUCUACGCGCCGGUGCUUCUGCGCACCUUCGGCAUGAGCGAGAGUGCGGCGCUGCUGUGCACCGUCGUCAUGGUCAUCGUGUCCUCGGCGUCGACGUUCGCGUCCAUGUUCCUCGUUGACCGCUUCGGCAGGCGGACGCUCCUCCUCGUCGGCGGCGUCCAGAUGUUCCUCUCGGAGGUGCUCAUCGGCGGCAUCAUGGCCGCCAAGCUCGGCGACGAGGGCCAGCUCAGCAAGACUUACGCUCUCGCACUCAUCAUCCUCAUCGGCGUCUACUCCACCGGCUUCGGCUGGUCCUGGGGCCCGCUGAGCUGGCUGGUGCCGAGCGAGAUCUUCCCGCUGGAGGUCCGGUCCGCCGGGCAGAGCGUCACCGUGGCGUGGGGCUUCGUGUUCACCAUCUUGGUCGCGCAGUACUUCCUGGCCAUGCUGUGCCGGUUGAAGGCGUGGCUGUUCUUCUUCUUCGCUGGGUGGAUCGUGGUGAUGACGGCGUUCGUAUACUUGUUCUUGCCAGAGACUAAGGGGAUACCCAUUGAACAGAUUGGGAAGGUGUGGACGGGGCACUGGUUCUGGAAGAGGGUUGUGGGAGUUGAGGAAUUGCCGGCUGCUCCUGAGAAGCUUUGAAACGCAUUGCCUUUUACUUGCACUGUCCUACAAAGUAGGCGAUCAUAUGGGCAGCCCGGUCCGGACAGCCCAAAAAUCCUGAGCCAGGCCAAGCCGGGCCUAUAUAUUGGUCCAGGCUUGGGCCUGGAUUUGAGCCCGAAUGUCGGGCUAGGCUGGGCUUGCAGAGCACAUGAUUUAGGCACGGGCCGAGCUAUCCUUGUUCAGGCCGGGCUGGGCAUGUUUGAUUUGUAGGCCUGAUGGUCGGGCCGGACCGGGCUCAGGCAUAUGUAUUUAAUGUUGGGUUUUUUCGGCCUGGCCCGAUCAGAGAUGGGUUGGAUGAGAGUGGCAGACUAUAGCUAAGAGCAUCUUCAGCCGUCUCCCCGACGAGGCCCCUAGGACGGCGUUUUGUCA